AUGCUUGGUGUAGAAAACCUGAAACGAGUGCACCUCAUGUUGACCGACGGCGAUGCAAGUGAGUACAAUGCUGUCGAUCAGACCAUCUUUCGUUAUGUGAAGAAUGCAAUUUGCGGUAGAUGCGGACAUCAUCUCAUAGAAAAAACAUUCCUAAAACACGGCCCGAAAGAUAGCAAGGUAAAGAAUCCAUCUAAUGGACAGGCAAUUCUACUGGAGUUGAGGCGGUGGGUUAGAUCCUGGAUUGAUGGAACUUCAUGUCGGAGCAAGAAGGAGUUCGAAUUGUCCAAGGCUUUACUGCUACAAGAGCUCCAAACAAACCAAGUUCUCCGGCGCUUUGUUGGGGACAAAGCUGCAGAAAAAUGUGUUAGAUGGAUCCUAAAUCACAUUCUUACACUUGAUGACCAACAGUUUGCCUUCCAUUGUAAGCAGAAGGUUCGAUGCUUACACGAAUACACUACUAAUGCCACAGAGGGCAUGAACUACGCAGCAAAGCACAGUGCUAUGGCAGCACAGCCCCAAAAUAAUAUGAAGACUUUGGCUUCCAACAUGUCAGCGCAUAUGGAUAUUCAAAAUCAUGACAGGGAGUAUACCCAAAUGCGCCUGUCAAACUCUACACCACUGUAUGUUUCCGCAGGGUGUACGGUGCACAACACAGAAUGUAUUCAAAAGUUGGUGCCAAUUGCCACUUCUGUUAUCAUUGAACAAAUGGAUGAAGCUCUUGACAAAUACACCAUUGUACAACUGUCAUCAAAAGCGUUCUUUCUUAUUUGUGCAGGACCCCCCUCAACGUUAGUCCGCUGUCCACCAGGCGUGAAGGGACGACCAAAGUUUCGCACAGCUCAUAAGUUGGAUGUUAAAGCAUGCACCAACGACACGUCCAGGGUAGUGCUGACUUGUUCUUGUGGGUUUGGACAUCAGUAUGGUAUCCCCUGUAGACACUUGAUAGCGUUGGAGCACCAUUAUGACAUCAACGAUUUUGCAUGUCGCUGGCGCUCAGAUUAUGCUUAUUACGCUUUUAAACAAGGUUAUGAGGAAAUCACUCACAACUUUGGUGAACUCCAGAAGAAAGAACAUUUUGGAAUAGUGGUGAAGACGCAAUCCUUGUUGAAAAGUAUUACGAGUCCGGACCAAACUACUAUGUAUCCACGGAUAUUUGCAAAAGCUAGUUGUUGCAAAUCAACCAUUGAAGACUUGAUGGAUAUAUAUCUCAGCCCCAUCCCACAUUGUUGGAAUUACACGCUGAAUGAGUAUCCUGAUACUGGAACCUUUAGCGAAUCUCCAAGUCAAACAAACGCAUACCAUACUGUUGAAACGUGUUCACCCUCAGACUACGGAAACAGCGAUUUUGCACAGGAUGAAGAGAGCGACGAUGAAGAGGGCGACAGAACUACUACACUAGCCUUCAACAUGAACCAGUUGUGUUCCCAACAACCAAAGGAGCAAUGUCAAAAAAAAAGAGCAUAUAAUUUCCAAAAAUUCAAGGACAUUGACCGAAAUUGCAUGAGUCAGGAUGACGUCAAUUUUGUUACGUCAAAACUGGAGGCAAUUGAUCAAGAGCUCUUUGAAAGGAAAGCCUUGGCCAUGAAGACGAGCCAGAAACGUGCAUUUGUUGGGGCAACCGGACGGGACAUGGUAUCUUUUGCACUGAAUACAGAAACCUGCAAGAAGAGUACCCAGGAUACAUACCAUCGAAAGAGAAUCAAGAGAAAGGGACGAAGAUAA